AUGACAAGAGUUAAGGAAGGUAAAAACCAGGCACCAACCUGUGCUACACUGCUAGAAAAGGUGGUGAAAACGCUUUUACCAUCGCAGGAGCAGCAUACGAGCAGAAUAAUACCAUCAGUGGUCGAAGUUUUGUCAAUCGACGAGGAGGAGGUAAUAGAAGUGGCGGAAAGAUUCGGCAAUACAAAGGCGCCAGGACUUGAUGGCAUCCCAAACAAGGCGCUUAAGAUUGCAGUUAAACACAGCAAGGCGUUUUCCCAAGACUAUGGAAGAAACAGCGCCUGGUUCUCAUCCAGAAGUCAAAUAAACCGGCGGGAAAUCCUCAUCAGCUAUUCUGCAGAUAUAUUUUCGAAAUAUCGGAAGUUGUGGAUCAACCUGAGCGAAUUAUUGCAAUCUUUGGGAAACGCAUAUGCAAGAACCUAUUCUACUUACUGUAUCUUUAUAUGGAUUCACCUUUUUGAUGACACCUAUUUGGAGGAAUGCCCAACAACUUCUUCGACUCCCGUAAAAGAACAAUUGACAUUUAAACGGAAGAAACUCAACAUUUCUGGUUGCUACAACUCAGAGGCAAACUUCUUAAAACAAGAAGGAAACAAUUUGCCUGUGGAUGGAAAUGAGUUAUCUUCAAGAGUUGAUAAUAUGGAAAGGAAGAUGGACAGCUUUUUGAAAGAAAAUCGAAGAAAUGGCCCAACAAAAAACCGUCCGCGAAUGUAAGAUGCUAAUUCGAAAAGUUCACCAAUCAGUAUGCCGACUGACUGGCGAAAACUUCGACAACACACAAACAGAAAUUGCUACCACCCUACCAUUAACAACAGUAGCUGCAGCUUUGGAAAUGGAAGAAAAACUGAAAUGCGAAGAAUUCGGUACAGCAACGGCUAGUAAUGUAUACAAUUUUUUCAAUAAACAAUAUUUUUAUUUAUUUUGCAUAAUAUUUUGAAAUUACAGAAACAGUUUGUUUUAAGGAUGAAAGGUAUUUCCGACAGUGUAUGUGAUGCGUUGCGGCAUCUGUACACUGACGAAUUCCUGAUUUUGUGUAACUGGGACGGUAGGGGAGGCAAACAACCGCAAUCUAAAUUUCUGUUGACCAACAUAUGUAUUAUGUGGUCAAUUUAAUACAUACAUAUUGACCUAAAAAGAGGUAUUUUAAAUUGAUUUUUCAUUAUAUUUUUUAUAGAUUGUUUCAUCACUUGUUGACUUGCAAAUUUCGAGCAACAAAUGCGGAAGUCCAUCGAAAUGAGCCACCACUUAAGCAAAAAAAUAUAGGAAGCGAAUAGCUGA